AUGACCGUAAAACUGAAAGACGACACGUCUUCUGACGAAGAAGAUGUACCACUUGCGACCACGCUCAAACGAAAUAAGAGAAAGCUCGGGGAGUUAGAUGAAGAGGAUGGCGGCUUGAAGGUUGUAAGUGAUGCCUCCAGCGUCAAACGGGAGGAUAAGGAUGCGAUCGAUAGUGAUGAAGCUCUGUCUAAAGUUGCUUCUCCCCAAAAGAUAGCAAAAAAGGCGAAGACGAUUCGAAAAAGAAGCACUGAAGUAGAUACAAAGGCUGAUAAAAAGACUAAAAGACCGGCAGUUAAGAAGACGCCUAAGAUACCAAAGAGAGAGCAUUCAUUUGAACUACAGAAUGUGGAUUCUGAGGACGGUAACAAGGAGUCCAGCGAGGAUGUCGCUGAGUUUAAGUGGUGGGAGAAAGAGAACGAUGACGAAACAGUGAAAUGGACCACACUCAAGCAUAAUGGUGUUAUUUUUCCUCCUAAAUAUGACCCUCUUCCCACCCAUAUCAAGCUAUACUACGACGGAAAUCCUGUUGAUCUGCCACCGCAAGCGGAAGAAGUUGUCGGCUUCUUCGCGGCCCUGCUAGAAUCUGACCAUGCGAAAAAUCCCGUCUUCCAAAAGAACUUUUUUGAAGACUUCCUAGAGGUUUUGAAGGAGAGUGGCGGUACUCGUAAUGGCGUAGAAGUCAAGAAAUUUGAGCUUUGCGAUUUCUCCAAGAUCUUCGAUUAUUUUCAGUUGCAAAAGGAUCAAAAGAAGCAACUCAGUCCGCAGGAAAAGAAGAAAUUGAGGCAGGAGAAGGAAGAAUUCGAAGAGCCAUAUAAAUUCUGUUUUCUUGACGGUCGUAAAGAACAGGUUGGAAAUUUCAGAAUUGAACCACCGGGACUUUUUCGUGGCCGUGGUGCCCAUCCAAAAACUGGUAAGUUAAAAAGAAGAGUGUAUCCUGAGGACGUGGUGCUUAACCUUGAUCGAGAAGCAACAGUUCCACCGCCGCCCGAGGGCCACAACUGGGGAGAAAUACGGCACGAUAACACUGUUCAAUGGUUAGCCAUGUGGCGAGAAAACAUCUCAAACUCAUUCAAAUACGUGCGUUUCGCCGCCAACUCGUCAUUGAAAGGUAUGAGCGACUUCAAAAAGUUUGAAAAGGCUCGUCAGUUAAAGGGCUAUAUUGGUGCUGUUAGAAAAGAUUACAAUAAAAAUCUUAAAAGUAAAGUCAUGUUAGAAAGGCAAAUUGCAGUGGCGUGUUACUUUAUUGAUGUUUUUGCUCUAAGAGCUGGUGGCGAGAAGGCAGACGACGAAGCAGAUACAGUUGGAUGCUGUUCUUUACGAUACGAGCACGUCACGCUCAAACCUCCUACUACAGUCAUUUUCGACUUCCUGGGUAAGGACUCGAUCAGAUUCUACCAGGAGGUAGAGGUAGAGAAACAAGUCUUCAAGAAUCUGACCUUGUUCAAGAAACCGCCCAAAAAACCCGGUCACGAACUUUUUGAUAGAUUGGAUCCUUCAAUUCUGAACAAGCACCUACAAAAUUACAUGCCGGGACUGACAGCCAAAGUUUUUCGUACUUAUAAUGCGUCGAAAACCAUGCAAGACCAGUUAGAUCUGAUUCCUAAUGAAGGAACAGUGGCUGAAAAGCUGUUGAAAUACAAUGCAGCCAAUAGAACGGUUGCCAUCUUGUGUAAUCACCAGAGGACAGUGACGAAGGGACAUGCUGCCUCAGUGGAAAAGGCCACGGCGAGAAUCGAAGAGUUAGAAUGGCAAAAGAUCAGACUAAAGAGAGCCAUUAUGCAGCUAGACAAGAUAGAAGUGAAAAGAAAUCCGAAGUAUUUCGCGGAAGUGAACGACCUUGUCAAAGAACAGGAAGCGGCUAUUCACAGCCGUGUGAUCGAAAAGGAGCGGGACAAGUAUGUAAAAAAGUUUGCGCGGGAGAACGAAAAGCGCAAGUUUGACAAGGAAGAUCCUUUGCCGGGGUCCCAGUUGCAAGAGUGGAUGAGCAAGGUCGACGAGAUGGAAACCGGGUUUAAGCAAGAGCUUGUAAGUGGCAAUGUGACAAUCACAAACUCCGAUGUGGAAAAGCUCAAGUCACAGGUAGAGAAGCUGGAGCAAAGGAUAGAAAACUACACCAUUCAACUGAAAGAUAAGGAGGAUAACUCUCAGGUUGCUUUAGGAACUUCAAAAAUCAACUACAUUGAUCCCAGACUGACAGUGGUCUUUUGCAAGAAAUACGGUGUUCCGUUGGAAAAGGUAUUUACGAAAUCGCUUCGAGACAAAUUCAAGUGGGCUGUUGAGUCCGCUGACGAGAAUUGGCGGUUCUGA